CGCACACACUAUAUGAAACAGAUUACACAACUGAAUAAGCACACACUGUCAGCUGUCUUCAUGUCGCCACCGGGUCCGCGCGCAGUGAGGAUGGGCUUCAGUGCGCUCGUGUGCGCGUGUGUUCUCGCGUUCUGCGGCGCUGCUCCGGUAAAACACCUGCAGAGGAACGAGCCUGAGAACAACAGACCGAUCAUCGGUAUUCUGACGCAAGAGGUUGACAGUGAGGCUAUGAAAAUAUUUGGGAAGACCUACAUCCCUUCAUCAUAUGUGAAGUACAUCGAAUCCGGAGGAGCUAGAGUUGUGCCAAUCAGGUUAAACCAGAGUUCAGCAGAACAUGAACAAAUCUUCAACUCAAUAAAUGGUCUCAUUCUCAUCGGAGGCUCUGUGAACCUGGAGACAUCUGACUUUGCUCACACAGCUGGGAUUUACUUCAGACUUGCGCUUAAGGCACAUGAUGAGGGUGAGUACUUUCCCAUCUGGGGAACAUGCCUGGGAUUUCAGCUGCUCACUGUGCUGGUGGCCGGAGAAAACCUGUUGAGUAAGACUACAGCAGAGAAUGUCACUUAUCCACUCAACUUCAGCGCAGAGGCUCAAUCCAGUCGUAUGUUCGCAAACAUUCCACCUGACCUCCGUAAAGCAUUGUCCCAGGAACCACUCACUGCAAAUUUCCACCACUAUGGAGUGACUAAAGAGGCAUUCAUGGGUAAUGAGAAGCUGAAAGACUUCUUUUCAGUGCUGUCCACAAACAUAGCAGAAAACGGCCUUGAGUUUGUUUCCACCAUGGAAGGCAGGAAACACCCUUUCUAUGGGGUUCAGUGGCACCCGGAGGUGAACCGCUUUCAGUGGGACCCUCGUUACAACUUUCCUCAUUCCAGCAACGCUGUGCGCGUCUCAUCCGUACUGGCUGAAUUCUUUGUAAAUGAGGGAAGGAGAAGCUCCCAUCACUUCAGUGACGCAGCAGAAGAGAGCCUCGCGCUUAUAUACAACUACAACCCUGUUUAUGUGGCGAAUAUCUCUGCAUAUGAACAGUCUUAUUUCUUCUGAGAGACACAUAAUAUUUGAGGAUGAUGAGGAAGAAAACCAUUCUCAGGAAUUUAUAGAUUGUACUGUAAUAAUUAUCACGCUCAGACCUCAUAUUUAAGAAUAUAAUGUUUUUAACAGAGAGACGAAUGAAAUCA